CUCGCGCAGCGGGUCGCUCCUCGAUGCGUGCGCUGGGACGAUGAAGCCAUUCGCAUUUUCCUUGGUCGCAUUGUCGUCUUCUUUUGUGGCCGUUGCGAAUGCGGUGCCUGAACCCGUAGUGACUCCUGCGCCUGUCGUGCCGAGGCAGUUUUUCACGACUGACUUUGGCGGGGACUCGUUCAUUGGGUACUACAGCACGUUAGGCACUUAUGUCGCCGACUACUGCCCCGAUGGCGCGACAAUGUCCUUUGGCGACUCGUACGCCGGCUGCUGCUAUCCUGACGAUGAUUGUGUAAUUGCGACGAGCUGCAAAGGAGAUACCGUCUUCGCUAGCGGAUUCAGGACCACUUGUGACAAUCCCGCAGCAUCGUGCAACACGGACUACAUCCUCGUUUCCAGCGGCGAGAACACAGGCUGGUACUGGCUAGGCUGUGCGACUGAGACAGAACAUGUUUUCUACAUAGCCUCUCCGAGUGACGCGGCAGCCUCGACAACCCUUCCCACGGCCGCCCAAACCACCGCAUCCCCCGCCGCCGCCUCCUCAACCCCAAGCUCCCACCCACCGCCCUCUUCCUCCAGAACCCUCCCCCCCGGCACCCCCCUCCCC